AAAAUGUAAUGUCCGGUCUAGCUGAGGCAGCCAUCUUGCUCUUGCUGCGUGCUGGUGUUGGAGGAUCCUCCUUGCUUCAGAUUUACCAACAGCAUGAAUCAAGAAAAGUUAGCCAAACUUCAGGCUCAGGUCCGGAUAGGAGGCAAGGGUACAGCUCACAGAAAGAAGAAGGUAGUACAUAGAACAGCUACAGCUGAUGACAAAAAGCUUCAGAGUUCUCUCAAAAAACUGGCUGUGAAUAAUAUAGCUGGUAUUGAAGAGGUGAACAUGAUUAAAGAUGACGGGACAGUCAUUCAUUUCAAUAAUCCCAAAGUCCAAGCUUCCCUCUCAGUCAACACCUUUGCAAUUACUGGUCAUGCAGAAGCCAAGCCAAUCACAGAAAUGCUUCCUGGAAUAUUAAGUCAGCUUGUUGCUGACAGCUUAACAAGCCUUAGGAAGUUAGCUGAACAGUUCCUGCGGCAAGUGUUGGAUAGCAAAGCACCAAAACCAGAAGACAUUGAUGAGGAAGAUGAUGAUGUUCCAGAUCUUGUAGAAAAUUUUGGUGAAGCAUCAAAGAAUGAAGCUAACUAAAUUCAUUUUUGGUUUUUGGAAGCUAGCAUGGACUAGAUUUAACAAAUCAGCUAUGUGGUUCCAAAGUUUUACAGACACAGAG